AUGAGGAAAUGCUUGGGGCUACUUUUGAUCAUGAUAGCCUUGUUCAUGAAAGAUCUUCCUGUAGUUGUUUCAUUAUCUCAUAACAUGCAAAAACUUGCGCUAUUUCAGAUCAAGCUUAGCUUGGCAACAAAUAGUACUGCUUCUGCAUUUUGUGAUAAAAAUUUACUUAUUCCCUCGUAUUCAAAGAUGAUGAACUGGAGCAUGAGUUCUGAUUGCUGCACGUGGGAUGGAGUUACUUGUAACGAGAGGACUGGGGAUGUGAUUGGACUGGACAUGCGUUGUAGCCAACUUGUCGGACCAAUUUUUCCAAACAGCAGCCUCUUCCAACUUUCUCAUCUCCAAUCCCUCAACCUCGAUUUCAAUGAUUUACAUGGAGUAUUACCUGAAGGUAUUUUCCACCUACCUAAUUUGAAAGAGUUAAGUUUAAGGUAUAACUUAAAUCUCACUGUAAGUUUACCGAAAACUAAAUGGGGAUGCAGUGGGAGUCUCCAGACACUUUUCAUUGAACAAACAUCCUUAUCUGGAGAAAUACCAGAUUCAAUAAGAUAUCUCAAGUCCUUGACCACUUUGGAACUCUUGGAUGGCAACUUCUCUGGAACAAUUUCAAGAUCCAUCGGGAACCUUACUCAGCUUACCUCAUUGUUCUUUGCUAACAAUUAUUUCAGUGGUGCGAUUCCUGAUUCAUUAGGUAAUCUACAAAACCUAACACAGCUAACUAUUAGUGGUAGCAAAUUGAUUGGUCAGAUUCCCUCUUUGGUUGCCAAUCUUAAGCAACUGGAAACAUUAUAUCUGUCAGAUAAUUUACUAACUGAUGAGUUCCCCUCUUGGGUUGCCAAUCUUAAGCAACUGAAAACUUUGUAUCUGUCAGAUAAUUUACUAACCGGACUACUGCCCUAA